UUUUUUGGCCUGUUCGUGCAUCCAGGGUUCUGCAGCCACAUUUGUCAAGAUGGUUCGGACUAUCGGAAACCUUUACUUCAUCGCCGCCAUCGCGGUCAUCGGUGGCGCGCUUUUUGGUUUCGAUAUCUCAUCAAUGUCGGCAAUUAUCUCCACCCAGCCUUACCUGUGCCAAUUCAAUCAGCGAGGCAUAGAUGCUGAGGGUCGGUGCCUGGGUCCGACCGACUCGACUCAAGGCGGCAUCACGGCUGCCAUGCCCGGCGGCUCCCUCCUUGGAGCCCUGCUCUCCGGCUACCUUUCCGACAAGGUCGGUCGGAAGGGAACCAUCCAGAUUGGAUCAGUUUUUUGGAUCAUCGGCUCGAUUAUCGCGUGUGCGUCAGUUAAUAUUCCCAUGCUCGUCGUCGGCCGCCUCAUCAACGGCUUUUCCGUCGGCAUCUGCUCCGCCCAAGUUCCUGUCUACAUCUCGGAACUCGCCCCGCCAACCAUCCGUGGCCGGCUCGUGAGCUGCCAACAGUGGGCCAUUACCUGGGGCAUCCUGAUUAUGUACUUCAUCUGUUACGGGUGCUCGUUUAUCGACGGGACCGCCGCUUUCCGGCUUCCCUGGGGCUUGCAGAUGAUCCCUGCAGUGAUGCUCGCCCUGGGGUUGUUCUCUCUGCCGGAGUCACCGCGCUGGCUCUUGAAGAAGGGCUGGGAGGCAAAUGCCCUCAACGUCCUUACUCUUGUUCACGGCAAAGGCAACCCUGACUCCCCCUUUGUCCGCCAGGAGCUCGUUGAGAUCCACGCGGCCAUCAACGAAGAGCGCGACAAUGCUGAUGCCAGCUGGCGCGAGCUGAUUGCCCCCGGCAUGAUCAACCGCACGGCCAUCGGCGUGUUCACUCAGAUCUGGUCCCAGCUCACGGGCAUGAACGUGAUGAUGUACUACAUUACGUACGUCUUCACCAUGGCAAACCUCGCAAACUCUGGGGCCCAUGGCGUCCUCCUCCCCAGCGGCAUCCAGUUCGUAGUCAAUGUGGCGAUGACCGUCCCGGCUCUGCUCUGGAUGGACCGCUGGGGCCGCCGCCCGACCCUCCUCACGGGCUCGACGCUGAUGUGCACCAUGCUGGCCAUCAACGCGGCCCUGUUUGCCGUCUAUUCGCGCCCUGCGCGCCCCGGUGAGUUUACGUCGACCGCUGAGUCCAUGGCCAUCUCGGGCGCCCCGGCUAAGGCCGUCAUCGCGGCGACAUACAUGUUUGUCGCCUCCUUUGCCUCCACCUGGGGCCCUGUCUCGUGGACCUACCCGCCGGAGCUGUUCCCGCUGCGCGUGCGCGGCAAGGCCGUCGCCGUCGCCACCGCGGCCAAUUGGACCUUCAAUUUCGCGCUGGCCUACUUUGUCCCGCCCGCCUUUGCGAACAUCACGUGGAGGGUCUACGUCGUGUUUGCCGUCUUCUGCGCGGCCAUGACCGUCCACGUGUUCAUGCUGUUCCCCGAGACGGCCAACAAGACGCUGGAGGAGGUCGAGGGCAUUUUUGAUGACUCGAAACCCGGUGCGAUCAAAUACAUUGGAACGCCAGCCUGGAAGACCAAGAAUAACCGUAGGCGCAUGGUCCAGGGGGAGCGCGGCGCUUGCGGCGACGCGGAGCGGACCGCGCAGCAUCCGGACAGCGCGCCCGCCGGGGAGGAACCGGAGCGAACCGGAGCGGAACCUGAGUUCGCCGAAAUCCGGCCCGCGCGCACAACCGUGUCAGUCACGGCCGAGAAUAAGGAUUAUGACCCAAUGAGAGACCUUUAUACUCGAGGCCUUGGUCCCGUUUAUUUCCCGGGGUAUUGGUGAGUCACCAUAGCGAUUGGUUGGCGGUCGACUUGGUUGAUUUCGUAACAUAUAUGUAGGCGGCGUUAGUUGGGCCCUAACCUUCAGGAGUACCAAGGAGA